AUGUGUUAUCCGUUUUACUUUCUCUGUGUCAUCUACACGUCAUGCUUGAGUGCCAAAAACAGCAGUAAACAGCUGACGUCUUUUCUUCAAUCCACCCAGAUCUGCCAACACCCGAGUGCCUACUUUACCAAAUGUCCACAGAUGUCCAACUCUCCAACAGAGACAAAACUUGACACGUUCAUGAAGUAUGAUGUCAAAUCUGAACAGGUUACAAUGGCCUUUCAUAAUGGGGCAAUGCGUGGAAGCAUUUCAUCCAUAGAUAGUGCACCAUUUGGCCACACCCCGAUACAGAGCAGACAAAACAGUGGUGCCUCUCUCCUUGAAACCCUUGACCCGUCUUUCCGAAAACCCAGUAUGACUCCAUCUCUAUACUCCGAGCUUGAGUAUUAUGCAAGGCGAGGUGCUGGCCCCAGAAGAAACACCUUUGGCACUAUCUCCAACACAGAAGAUGAAGAAGAUGUCCCAGAUCUUCCUAAUAUAGAAAAUCGCUUGGCAUUGGACAUCACGGAUGCUUGCUUUUCCAUGGAUGUUUCUGACGAAUGUCCGUGUCUCAGAGAUAUUAAUAUUAAGGUCCCAAUGGGUAAGACUUUAUUAUUUCAUAUUUGGUUUUGUGUGUUUUCAUGUCCGAUUUGUCAUAAGUUGUCCUGUUGA